AUGCUCUCCUUCACAGAACAGAAGUUUUACUACUUCUACUUCCUGGUGCACAUCCCGAUUACCAUCUUCGUGGACUCCUCUGUGGUGCUCCCGCAGGCCUUCCAGCUGGCACCCCGGCUGGUCAAUUGGCAUAUUACAACGAACUAUGACUUCCUCUUGCAAGAAAAGCCAGCAUGGCUAUGGUGGUUCAUAGUGGUAGAGCUCGUCUUCCAACUGCCUUUCUUCCUCUUUAUUACGCGAAGGUUCCUGCAGUUGUGGAAGCUGACCUUUUACGGCAGUGAAGAAGCCAAGCCCCUGAUCUUUCAGCUUUGGCGUGCUAUGGCAGGCAGCCUGCGCCUUUAUGGCCUCAAUGCCUCGCUGACGACUCUCAUGUGCCUGUGGGCAAUCUGGUCACGUGGGUACUAUCCAGCGACGGGACUCCCUAUGGCUGUUGCAGACAAAGCGAAACUCAGCAUGCUCUACGUGCCCUACUUCCUGAUUCCUCUGCGCCUCGUCUUUGUGUGA